AUGGUUAUACUCAACAAGGCAGCUAUAAUUCACAAUCACCAGCUUAGUGAAGGAAUGGGAUGUCAGCAAAUUGGCAACGUGGUCCAGGUUUACAAGAAGAAAUGCACCAUCUACACAGAGCAGCAGCGAGAUAAAGCCAAUGGCAUAACCGUCCAUUUAGACAUUCACCCCAGCAAGGUUAUCACAGGGCUAAAACUGGACAAAGACCACAAAAACAUCCUUGAACAGAAAGCCAUAUCUCGCCAAGGGGCGAAGAUCGACGCCAGUAAGAACGAGGAGGAUGAAGGCCAUUCAAACUCCUCCCCACGACACACUGAAGCAGCGGCGGCACAGCGGGAAGAAUGGAAAAUGUUUAUAGGAGGCCUUAGCUGGGACACUACAAAGAAAGAUCUGAAGGACUACUUCUCCAAAUUUGGUGAAGUUGUAGACUGCACUCUGAAGUUAGAUCCUAUCACAGGGCGAUCAAGGGGUUUUGGCUUUGUGCUAUUUAAAGAGUCGGAGAGUGUAGAUAAGGUCAUGGAUCAGAAAGAACAUAAAUUGAAUGGGAAAGUGAUUGACCCUAAAAGGGCCAAAGCCAUGAAAACAAAAGAACCUGUUAAAAAAAUUUUUGUUGGUGGCCUUUCUCCAGAUACACCUGAAGAGAAAAUAAGGGAGUACUUUGGUGGUUUUGGUGAGGUGGAAUCCAUAGAACUCCCCAUGGACAACAAAACCAACAAGAGGCGUGGAUUCUGCUUUAUUACCUUUAAGGAAGAGGAACCAGUGAAGAAGAUAAUGGAAAAGAAAUAUCACAAUGUUGGUCUUAGUAAAUGUGAAAUUAAAGUAGCCAUGUCGAAGGAACAGUAUCAGCAGCAGCAGCAGUGGGGAUCGAGAGGAGGAUUUUCAGGAAGAGCUCGUGGAAGAGGUGGUGGCCCCAGUCAAAACUGGAACCAGGGAUAUAGUAACUAUUGGAAUCAAGGCUAUGGCAACUAUGGAUAUAACAGCCAAGGUUACGGUGGUUAUGGAGGAUAUGACUACACUGGUUACAACAACUACUAUGGAUAUGGUGAUUAUAGCAACCAGCAGAGUGGUUAUGGGAAAGUAUCCAGGCGAGGUGGUCAUCAAAAUAGCUACAAACCAUACUAAAUUAUUCCAUUUGCAACUUAUCCCCAACAGGUGGUGAAGCAGUAUUUUCCAAUUUGAAGAUUCAUUUGAGGGUGGCUCCUGCCACCUGAUAGCAGUUCAAUUAAUUUUUUUGUAUCAAGUCCCCGAAUGGAAGUAUGACGUUGGGUCCCUCUGAAGUUUAAUUCUGAGUUCUCAUUAAAAGAAAUUUGCUUUUAUUGUUUUAUUUCUUAAUUGCUAUGCUUCAGAAUCAAUUUGUGUUUUAUGCCCUUUACCCCCAGUAUUGUAGAGCAAGUCUUGUGUUAAAAGCCCAGUGUGACAGUGUCAUGAUGUAGUAGUGUCUUACUGGUUUUUUAAUAAAUCCUUUUGUAUAAAAA